AUGGCUGCGAGUCCCGGCGCGGCGCCUGGGGGCGCCGCAGCUGCUCCAUCCCAGUCUGCUUCUGCUGCGUCUGAAGUCGCUGUCCCCCAUCAACGACAAUCUGAUGCUGGCUCCUCUUCCACGUCAGUCGCACCUACGAAGUCGGCGAAUUCAAAGCGCACUCGACGAAUCUCUGCUGCUGCUGCUCUCACCGUCAGACCCGCGAGGAUCCAAGUCCCCGUCCCCCCUCCGGCUCCAGCCAAUCCCGUCACUGUUUACCAUAGAUCCCCACCAGACCCCACCAUGGCAGUCCUGGGCGGGCUGCCAUUGGCCCCGGCCAUCUUCUUCGGUUGCCUGGGUGAAAUAAACAGACAAAUCGCACAGUCUUCAAUACACUCCUUGAGGCCAGGAACAAACACCAGCCCGAGGAGAGAUCCCCCCCGCAUCUCCCCAACUCUGCCGCCAACCUCGUCUGCCCCGGGCGCGGUGCUUCUCUCGUCCUUCUUGCUCGUCAACUAUCUACUCCCGCGCAUGCGCGCUGCCCUCAACAUGGAGUCGUCCGAGAAUCCGACCUUCCAAUCGAGACUACAUCCCCCGACGUUUAGGAGCGGGCUCCUUCAAGAGAUGAGCGACUCGCAUACCAAUGCCCGCGCUCAUACGUCACAGAUCCCCACUAAGCUCUCACAGCCGGAACCAAAGCGCAAAACGCUCGCCGAACGCGCCGGCGAGCACCCAAAGGCCCAAAUGUCGACCGCUACCCAUGGCACCGGUAUACCACGGCUCAAUUCCAUCAAGGGCCAGUCGAUCGCCAAUCUGAAUGCCAACACACAUGCUACAGCCCCCUCGCGGCCUAUACACACCAAAUUUUCAAAAAGUGUUGGAGGAGGCAUGCGAGCCGCGCCCCAACCUCCCCGAGCGCCGACGUCAAUGGGCUUUUCGCGAUCCACGAGCACCCGUUCGCGAGCCAAUACGCGGACAUCGCGCCCACAAACCGCCGUGGGUUAUCACGAUGCCGAGGAGGAAGUCAUCGAAAUAUCGCAGCACAAGGGUUGGGAUGUCGACGGCCGUCUCAGCGAGUUUGAAUCCCAGUUUGAAAAGAUGAAAGAAGCAUUUGAGGGGACCAUGAAAGACAGGAAAACGUUGGAGGAUGCUAUCGAUUUAGCAAAGGCUCGAACAAAUGAUCUUGAGCGGGAGAAGCAAAGGUUGUUGGACCAGAACACUCAACUCCACAACCAGCUUGAAGCCCAACGACAGGAAAUCUACUCAUUGCAGCAGGAGAAGCAGUCCAUGCUUUUAGAGUUUGAGCGCGAGCAACAACGACACAAAUUCGAUCUGGAGGACAAGGUUCGGAACCAUAGGCAUGAGCUUGAUGAGGUCCGGCGACAGUUCAAGGCCGAAGUCGACCAGAUGAAUCGAGAGCAUCGCGAAGCUCUGGAGGCUUUGGAGCGGCAACAUCGAGCACAACUGGCUGAUGAGCAGGCACAGAAGGCACGAGAGCUCACUGAACUGAGGGCUAGGCUAGGAGCUGAACAGCAGGAUAUGAACUUGGAGCUGCUUAGGAAAGAGAGGGAAAUCCAAGAACUUCGCUCCCAUAUUGAGGCCCUCAAGUCAGAUCUCGACCGGGAGCAAGCCCUGAGAACAACUCUCCAGCAGCAAGUAGCCGAAAUGUCGACGACGAACCUGGCUCUAGAGGACCGGAUGCGGGCGUUGCGGGCCAAAAUUGAGUUCCUCGAAUCCGACAGCAAGCAGCAGUCCGAUGCGUUUGCUCAGAUGGAGAACCGCCUGCAAGAGGCGCUGCGUGUGGCCGAGGAAGCACGACAAAAAUUAAUCAAGGAGGAAACGGAGCGCCGCGUCUUGUUCAAUAAGUAUCAGGAGCUCAAGGGAAACAUUCGAGUCAUGUGCCGUGUGCGACCAGUUCUGGACCCGUCUGAAGGAGAGGAAGCCAAGAUCAGUUUCCCGGACACUAAGACUUCAACCCAGAUCGAUGUUACGGGUCCCGAAGAGCGGAGCAGUCUGGGCACCGUCACUCGCAAAGUGAUUCCUUUCGAAUUCGACCGUGUCUUCGACCCAUCCGUGAAGAACGAAGAGAUUUUCGGCGAAAUUUCGCAACUUGUCCAGAGUGCACUUGACGGCUACAACGUAUGCAUCUUUUGCUACGGUCAAACCGGCUCCGGCAAGACAUAUACGAUGUCAUCUCCCGAUGGCAUGAUCCCACGCGCUACUCACAUGAUUUACGAUACUAUCACCAAACUUCGAGAAAAGUCGUGGUCGUACACUCUGGAAGGCUCCUUCGUUGAGGUUUACAACGAAGAACUGCACGAUCUCCUCGCUGAAAACACAAAUAAUGGUGUUCCCCGCAAAAAGCUGGAGAUCCGCCAUGAUGAGGUCCGCAAGCAGACUACUGUGCUUAACUGCCGCACCGUGGCGCUGGACUCGCCCGAGAAAGUGGAAGCUAUGCUGAAGCAGGCACAGGCCAACCGCAGCGUAGCGGCUACAAAGGCCAACGAACGCUCAUCGCGUUCGCACUCUGUCUUCAUCCUGCGUAUGGUUGGUGAAAACUCGGCCACGGGCGAGCGCUGUGAGGGUACCCUCAACUUGGUUGAUUUGGCUGGCUCCGAGCGCCUUAAGCACUCCCAGGCCGAGGGUGACCGAAUGAAAGAAACCCAAAGCAUCAACAAGAGUCUUGCAUGCCUGGGCGACGUAAUCGAGGCUCUCGGAAAGGGGUCGCCACACGUGCCCUACCGCAACUCGAAGCUGACCCACCUGCUGCAGUACUCGCUUGGCGGGAAUUCGAAGACACUCAUGUUUGUGAUGGUUAGUCCUCUUGAGGCUCACCUCAAGGAGACUAUUACGAGUUUGAGAUUUGCUACCAAGGUGCAUAACACCCACAUUGGCACAGCCAAGUCAACAAAGAAGUUGAAGUCUGUUGAUAGGAGUAGUGAUUGA